GCAUCACCGACGUCGCGUAGUUUAUCGGUAACUACGGGAACGUUUGGUAGCGCUGCCAGCCAGUCACCAAGCCGCUACUAGCAUCCUGCCAGCACUAGUGGACCGAUCUCUCCCGACACCGUUUGUUCCUGCAAGAUGGCGGUAGCUUACCGUGGUGUGCUAGCAGCGUUGCUACUGCUAGCGAUACCAGCAGCGAUCGUAGAUGCACAGUUCAAGUGUCCGAAAAACCGUGGCCAGUUCGAGGAUCCGGUGCAGUGCGAUAAGUACUACGUGUGCGAUGAGGGCGAAGCGACGGAAAAGCUCUGCCCGGACGGGCUCGUCUUCGAUCCGACGAUCAAGCUCAUCAACAAGUGCGACCAACCGUUCAACGUGGACUGUGGCGAUCGGUUCGAGCUGCAACCCGCCCAGGGCACCAGCGACUACUGUCCGCGCAAGAACGGUUUCUUCAGCCAUCCGGAUCCGUCGAUCUGCAACGUCUUCUACAGCUGCAUCAACGGGGAGGAGCUGGAGAUGAGCUGUACCGGUGGGCUGCACUUUGACGAAAAGUCGGGCACCUGCGUAUGGCCGGAUGUCGCUGCACGCGAGGGCUGCGGUAGCAAUGCCAACAAGAAACUGAACGAUGGCUUCCAGUGUCCGAAGGAGACGCGGUACGACAAGAACGGCCAGGUCAUUACGCACCCGAACUAUCCGCAUCCGACCGACUGCUCGCGGUUCUACUACUGUCUGAACGGGAUCGAGCCGCGCCUCGGCCAGUGCGACGCCAAGAUGGUGUACAACGAGGAUCUGCAGCGUUGUGACGAUCCGGACAAUGUCCCGGAAUGCAAAGACUGGUACAAGGAAGAGGAUGCGUCCAAGAACUGAUGAACCUCGCGGCUGGAGCGCCAUCAUUCUGUGUGCCGUGAGCUGCCUUACUGCUUUUUGUGAUACAUGCUCCUUUUUUCCCCAAUACAAUACCGGACUGCUCACUGUGGUUUCGGGGCCGGGGAUGCCCGGUAGACUUAGCUCGAAACCUCCCAGCCGCCCAUGCACCGUUACGCUGCUCCGGAUUGUGAUUCGUACAGUGCCAGUCAGGUCACGUCCGCCGUGCGCCAUCAAUCAAUCAAUCACUCGCUCACGAUCAAUCACUCUAUAGCACGCCUGCAGCAGAUAGAGCUGAGCUUUUCUCGUGUCCGCGCGAGAGUGAGUCUAUUGACCCUCGGGUUCAAUCUCUCUUUCGGCUCAUCUUCUGCUUUCUUCACCGUUCUGCUUCUAUCGUGCGUUACCUCACUUACCUUUCCAUCUAUCAAUCUUUCUCUUCGGAUUAACACCUUCUCGGUAUUCUUCCUUUUCCUUCAUUCUUCGACUUCUAUCUGCUCAAUUUCUCGCUUUCCCCCAUCAAUCUCACACUUUCAUCACUUUCAUGGUGUGGCACAUCUCGUUACAUCUUUGCGGCUCGCGUGACACAAUACCAACCGAUGCACAAUGCAAUAAAGAUGUUGCCGGCGUGGGGGGGGGGGGGGAUAUUUUUUUUUUGGGGGUUUAUUUGUCUACCUUGCGCAAGCUUCCCGGCAGGGUGCGCCGAUAUUUGCAUAAUCCUAACAAAUUGAAUGAAUAAGUAGUCUGAAAAAACUGGACGCGCCUCAAUGCUAGCCAACAGUCGGAAAGCAGUCGACCUUCCGGUGUCCGAUAUUCAAAACUCCAAUGAAUAAAACAUAGAGCCUGAUGUAUAAGGAAUAAGAAGAUACAAAAAUAAACUGGUGAAAAACACACACACAAAACUA